UUUUUGUACUUAAACAGAUCGGUACAUUAUUGGUAAAAAUCUUUAGAUUUGAUACGUUUUUCUGAAAAGAUUAAACCAUUUGAAUAUUAGUAAAUUAAAUAUUUAUUCAUUUUAAGUUAUCUAUGAUUUAGGUAGUUAUCAGCGAGUUUUAUUAUAUCACCACAAAAAUGAACUUGCUUCGAUUAUAGUUUUAUACUUGACCUUUGAGUCGUUAGUUCGACGAAUAUUCUCUUGGAUGUAUACACAAGAUAUAUUAUGUAUUAUCAUUAAGGUAUUACCUGAUAGAAAAAGACACUAUAAUAUAAAUAACAUAAGUAUUAUUUUUAGAUUAGUUCAAGUAAUUAAGCACAAUACUGAUAAAUAUUUUUGCACAGGAAUUAUUUUUUAUUGGUGUUAAUUAAAAUUAAAUACAAAUGAAUGUAAAUUUUGCAUGAUCUGUUGUUGAUUUUAUGGGACAAAAAUAAUUGACAUUUUUAUAUUUUAUCCAUAAUAAACUUGCUUACAAGUUAUAAAUCAUGAAGUUACGAUAAAUUAAAGAUAAAAAAUAUCUUAUGAAUGCUUGGUGUGGCAAUGAGUUUAAGUUCAAUGGCUACUUCCUUUCAUCAUUUUUAUUUCUGAGAUAUUUCACUAAAAAAUAAAAUGUUUGUUUGCUAUAAGAUUCAAUGCUAUUCAAAUAUGUGGUGUCUCUAUCACAUUUUAUUUCUUUUGAGCUUUUGCAUCCAUCGUUGGGUUGAAAAUUUGCACGAGAUGUUUAAACGUGCGGCUUUCGCUUUUUCCAAUUAAAGUGACGUUUUUUUUACUGGGUUUUACAGUAUUGUUGAAUGUCAUUGUGUCAAUGUAACCAAUAUUGGUGGUAUUGCUAAUUAUUGAUGUUGCUAACAUGACUGUAUUUGUGAAAAUAUUAAUGAUUAUUUAUUUAUUUUUUUUUGAAUUUUCUGUUUGCUAGAAUUUCCAGGACUCUAUAUAUAGGUGUAACAAAUUAACAUUUUAGCGGUCGUAAAUUGCAGCAGCGCCUGCGCACUACUGAUGCGUGGUCUCUAUGUACUUUAAGGAGGGUAUUUGGUCGUGUGUUGCUUGUGCUUACAUACGUCCGAUAUGUGGUACCCUCGACGAACAUGUCACUCUAUAUCUUUAUACUUGUAAAAUUGUAUUACACCUGCCAUAUUAAAUCAAAAUAUAUUAUUGUUUAUGAUAUCAUGAUGAUGUAUUAUAGUUCACAUUGUUUACCCACAUUUCCUAUGUAUUAUAUGAUCGUCAAUAACAUGUGUUCGCCGCUGUUCUUUUUGUUCGUUUAUAGAUACCAAAAUCCACGUAAAUCGUCCUCUAUCAUCACCACAGCAACUACCAACAUGUUAACCGAGUGUUGCGACGUCAUGGUGGCGCAUAGCCCGCCGAUUUACAGUGGACCGCAGCAGGAUCAGCUGUCCGUUCUCUAUCAGAACUUCCGGUUGGUCGUGAAUCAAAAGCAACCGUCGCCGUUGUCGAUCCGCCGAUCGUCCUUUUCGCCAACUCGAUCGGACGAUAGGCAGUCUCAGGUGGCCAACUCGCCGAGUUCUAGUAAGCCCCGUAGACCGUGUCUUGUGGUCAGGACCGAUUCGGAAUGCAGUAUAGGAUCUUCCUCGAGUUCGUCGUCUGACGAGAAUGAGCCUUCCAGUCCGAUCCGGAGAAAGAAGAAAGUGGUAUUCGCCGACGACCGAGGCCUAUCGUUGACUCAAGUGCGAUUGAUGAACGAACCGUCGAACCAGCCGCCCAAACUGAUGACCACCAAAAAACCGUACUUUCAGAGCUUAUCCCAGUCGGCUGCGUCAUCGUUGUCGUUCCUUCAAGCGGAUGCCACCGGUGGUACGAACUCCAGAUCGGCGGCCGGAGCCAAACAUCUGCAGCUAACGGGCUUCUCGGAACAUUCGCCGCCACAGUGGAACCUCAGAUUCUUGCAGCCGGCUUCCAGCUACAUGGACUUCCGGAAACGGUUGGACACGGAAAACGUGUCUCUGGAGAACGUGAUCGUCCGGUCGCCGGACAGGCGGAUCGUUGGCACGGUCAAGGUACGCAACCUGUCCUACGACAAGGACGUGUUCAUCCGGUCUACGCACGACCGCUGGGCUGAUCACGCGGACACGCCGUGCAUGUACGUGCAGAACAACGCCAUGCUGACUGCGGCCACCAAUCCCGCGCCAAACGUCGCAGCCAUCUACGACACGUUCUCGUUCCAGUUGCCGCUACCUGUUCAUGCCAUGUCCAUGGAGUUUGCCGUCUGCUACAGAAGCUCAGAUUUCGAGUGUUGGGACAACAACGACGGUCUCAACUAUUGCGUGUCCGUGGGCAGCCCGUCAAAUGGCGCCCCGAUGCUACCGCAACAACAGCUGCAGCAGUCCCCGCUAUCGCCCGGCCUGGUCGCCGACUUCGAUCACCAUCCGAAGCAACCCGUCCACUACUUCGGCGCCCAGUCCAGGCAGAACUCGUGGUCUACGUGGCGUGACCAGAAAACCGAAGGUUCCGCGUACUGGUGAACGUUCCAUCCGCCGCCCGUCAGCCAAAGUCUGCCAGUCUAAAAUAUUGUGGGAUUUUUUUUUUUUAAUUUCGAAAAAAAUACUGCAACUUGACAAAGUUAAGCAGUGAGAACUGUUCGUCGCCCACCCAAAAUACCAUUAUUAGUCGACGUGCAUGACCGCGUGUAAAUAACAGAUAAAUGUUAAACUAAACGAAAUGUAUACGUUUGUUUUUAUACAAUUUUUGAAUUUUUAUGUAGGUACUUCUAUUUAUUGUUUUAUAUUAAGUAUAUUCGAAAAAA